AUGGACCAACGGUCCCUCAAGGCACUCUCCCUUGACUUCCGUGUUCACAUGUUCCAGUCAUUUAUUGCGAGCACUGGCUCAUUGCAUAGGAUGAAGCAAUUUUUUAUCCUCCUCCCUUUUCUGCUGGGAUUUGCCUCGGCCAUCAUCGAGGGGUACAAUGGCCAAUAUCCAGACGACUGUCCUAGCCUGUGUGCCGAUGCUGGUCCUAGUCCAGCCAACUGGACUAACCUUCACCACCUCUCCAAUCUUGAGAGCUGCAACCAAACAGUCCUCUUUGGCUUCAAUAUUCACAACUCCGUCGUUGAUCCAGAUACCAUCCUCACAAUUCGAGCCUGUGUAGCCAGCCAAGAUCAGACGUACAAGGCUGCGGCUGCUCCUGAGGUGCCGCAACAGCAAAGCCAAACCAACCUAACAGUUGCCGAAAGCUGUGGUGCCAAGACGAUCAAAACAGCUUUCACUCCCUCAACUUUAAGCUUCGCGGCUGGUGGUGCUCAUCUGGAUGCUGAUUUGGCUGAGGCUACUCGUCAACUUACCAUGUACGUGAAGGCAAGUGCUGAAUGCGGCUCUACCAUCUUGUUUGCGAAGCACAAUUCGGCCGUUGUUGGCCUAUAUUCUGGUUCGCAAGUCACCAAAGCGGCCACGGGAAGCUUGCUUGAUUCUUUCACGGAGAAGCAAGCAUCUGCUCUACAGAUUUGUCAACCGUCAAAUGCAGCCCUAACUGUUGGGGUGUUCUCAGCAGGCUUUGCUGACAUAGAAGCGGCGCAAGAUGCUGUCAAAAGCUGGAACAAUGGUCUUUGCCUUAACGGAACCGUUCCCGACACAGCCAUAAGCAUGGAUGUGCUCGUAUCUACAAUGGAUACGAGUAUAGAUUCUUCCAAGAAUAUUACUAUUCCCUCGCACAGGAACAUAACUGCGAGAGGAAUGCCAAAAUCCCUUCGCCCCAGAGGAGAGUGCACGACACAAGAGAUCGUUGGAGGUGAUAGUUGCCCAUCUCUUGCCAGCCGCUGCGGGAUCUCUGGGGAUGAUCUUACCAAUUACAACCCUCAAAUGGUUUGCUCAAACCUGCAGCCCAAGCAGCAUGUCUGCUGUAGCCCAGGUACUAUGCCAGACUUUCGGCCCCAGCCCCAAGCCGACGGCACUUGUAACACGUACCAGAUCAAUGCUAACGACGGGUGCUGGGAUAUCGCAAAUUCUCACUAUCUUCAGCAACAAGACAUUGAAGACUUUAACAAGAAUACUUGGGGCUGGGUCGGCUGUGGAAAUUUGCAACUUGGCCAAUUGAUCUGCCUCAGCAAGGGAACAGCUCCUAUGCCCGCGCCGGUCUCUGGUGCCACCUGCGGUCCACAGGUACCAGGUACUGAAAAACCUACGAAUGGAACCGCACUAGCUGAUCUGAAUCCAUGCCCACUUAAUGCAUGUUGCGAUGUAUGGGGGUUUUGUGGAACCACGGUGGACUUCUGUACGGAGUCACCAGCAGACACUGGCGCUCCAGGCACAGCAAAGCAGGGCACGAAUGGCUGCAUCUCUAACUGCGGGAUGGACAUUGUCAACAACGGGAAUGCACCCAGUCAAUUUAAGAAUGUCGCUUAUUACGAGGCGUUUGACCAAGAUAGGGGAUGUCUCCGAAUGAGCGUCGAUGAAUUACCAGCCGAUGUGUACACGCAUAUCCAUUUCGCAUUCGGGACAGUGACGGCUAAUUUUGACGUAAACAUCUCGACUGUGGACUACGAAUUGUACAAAUUUCAGGACAUGACCGGCUUCAAGAAGAUUCUCACGUUUGGUGGAUGGGGCUUUUCUACCGAUCCUGACACAUUCCAACGCUUCAGAGAUGCCACCAAAGAGGAAAACCGCGACACAUUCGUCAACAAUUUGGUAAGCUUUAUGCAAGACCACCAUUUGGAUGGCUUUGACUUCGACUGGGAAUACCCUGGUGCACCUGAUAUUCCAAACAUCGCACCCGGAAGCUCUGACGAAGGAAACAAUUAUCUGGCUUUUUUGCAGCUCCUCCGAAGCAAACUGCCCAGUGGUAAUUCCAUUUCCAUCGCACUGCCUGCUUCUUACUGGUACCUGAAGCAGUAUCCUGUCGCGGAAAUGGCAAAAUAUGUGGACUACUUUAUUUACAUGACUUACGACUUGCACGGACAAUGGGAUGUUGACAACAAAUCUGCCGUACCUGGCUGCCCCAGUGGUAACUGCCUCCGAUCACACGUGAACAAGACCGAGACGCACGAUGCCAUGGUCAUGAUCACCAAAGCUGGAGUGGAAGCCCAACAGAUAGUUGUUGGAGUCAGCAGUUACGGCAGAAGUUUCCGCAUGAAUGAUGCGUCCUGCUCUGGUCCAUUUUGCACCUAUGGCGGAGAUAAAUACCACUCCUUGGCAUAUGCUGCACCCUGUACUUUGACCAGUGGCUAUAUUGCCAACGCUGAAAUCAACGAUAUAAUCACGAACAAAAGCUAUUCCAUCAUCAACUCAUACAUUGACACUGACUCUGACUCAAAUAUUCUCAUGUACGGUGAUCCCGGAGCGGUAGAUUGGGUGGCCUACAUGGACGGCGAUCUCAAGGCCAAUCGUAUCAACUGGAUCAAAGGUCUCAAUUUUGGCGGCUCCAGUGACUGGGCCAUUGAUCUUCAGUAUCAUUCCAAGUAUGAUAAUGGUGGCGACGAUACCGAAGAUGAUGCUGAUGGGUUAGACGACGAGUCUGGUGGCACUAAUAUAACCUGCAACGCUGACCAAACUCCCGGGUCUUUCAACGAUCUCGCUAAUCUAGCCGACUCUCUGGACCCUUGGUGUGUCAACUUUUAUGCGCUGGACCUUCUCUACUCUGAGCUCCUCGAUAGCCUGUCUCUUUUCCAAACCAACUCACAAGACUACGAUGACAAGUACGGCUGGUACGUCAAAUGGACUAAAGAGCAGAUCCAACCCAGGCUUGACGAUUUCAUGAAAUUGGGAGAUGGCAAAGGUUUACAAUACUUUGAUUGCUACUGGGCAUAUACGGGCCACGCGGAAAAGAAAGAUUCCUGCCUUGGCAUGCCGCAUAUCUGGGAAGAGACUGCCGGAUGGAGCAUUCGUUUUGACCUGGUCGACAACCAGGGCUUCUUUGAUGCGCUCACAGCCGAAACGGGUAUCGACGAAACGUGGGUGGUCUUUGGCGAAUAUGAUUGGGAUUAUGUAUGCGCAGACCCCGGUGACAUAAGACCUGGAGCUGGCAAUGUGCCUUGCCGAAAGAUUUAUCGCAAAGAGCUGAAUUACCCUCAAAAGGCUGCCGAUGAUGUUAUCAAUAUCGGAAAUCCAAAGGAUCUCAUCGUGGCCUCCAUGGAUAAUAUCACUGCCUUGAGGACUUCUCUCCUUGCGUCGUACAGCAGUGUAGGCCUGUCAUUCUAUGGAGACGGUCCAGACAAUGACUCGGCCAUUGAUGCGGUGGUUGGAUACGCCAUGCCUGUUCUGCAGCUCAACCAGGCGAUCAGCAGCAUGAAAGAUAUCAAAGAUAUUGGCGAAAAGGCCAAGGAGGAAGCAAAGAAGCAACUUAUCUUUGAGGUCCUUAGCAUUGUAUUGAUGGUGAUUCCCUUUGUCGGGGAGGCCCUUGGCCCUCUGGUCGGUAGUGCCACAGCAGUCAGUCGAAUUGCGCUCCUCAUUAGCGAAGCAGGUAACGGGGCUCUGACGGUGGCGGGCAUCAUCGAGGACCCGACCUCUGCGCCCUUUGCAAUCAUGGGUUUGAUUGCGGGAGUUGGUGGGGGGAGAGGAGCCCGGUCUAGGGAAGAUGCUCUAAGUGAAGCUUCCAGGGCGAGGGCGUUGUUGAAAGACAGUGAUUUGGCCAAGUUUCCGCAACAAUUCAAGGAUCAAGAUGCCUUGAUACAAAAGAUUGCAAAGAGUUUGUGCGCAAGGUAG